AUGCCCGCAGGAAAAUCUGAGAAUGAAUACAGCGAAUGUGUGCCCCCAGGUGCCCUUUCCACCAGCCAGGAAAAUCUCUACUCCACCCUAAAUUUCGGAAGAAACGAAUUUCUCAACGUAUCUGCCUUAACAGUGAGCACGAAAAAUCUAUGGGAGGGCAAAACUAAGCAGCAAAGCACACGGGACUUGCGUCUUGAGCCAAUGUACAUUGACGUUGUAUCGGAGUCAACUACAGCAGGAAAAUCAUCUCGGAGGUUAACAUGCUUUAUUGCGUGGCUGGUAAUGCUGACCAUUCUUUCGUUUGCCUCUCUGGCGGUCACAGUUUUUAUAUUUUACAAAGGAGGUAUGACCAACGAAAAGCCCACUUCUACUACUUUGGAUACAAACGGUAGGUUUUAGAAGUAUUUACACUGUAAAUUUAGGCGUUAACGAAAGGGGCUAGGCUUUUGCUUUCCGUUAAUUUCAUCUCACAGUUAUCGGAAAAAUCUUUCUCUCUCUUUAAGAAGGUCUACAUUCAUCGCGAACCACUUCACUGGGCAACACGGUCUUUUACUGCAAACAGUGUCUUAGCAGGGACACUAUUUUUAUUUAUUUAUUUUUUUUCUACCACUUUUUAAGUAAAAAGUUUCUUUGAUGCUUCUACAUUGCGUUUGAUAUAAAACAGGAUGUAUACCCGUUUCCCAACUUGUUUGGUAAUUCAAUACAGUUAAUCACCAAAUAUCGCUACUUCCUUUUGUUUGCUGACGUAACUCCCUAACGUGGCUCCGGAUCGCAUGUCUAUUCCACGUUUGCAAUGUUUACAUGUUCUUACUUCUGAUUGGAUAAUGAUCUACCAAAUUAAGACUCCUUUUUGAUUAGCCAAUCAACGUUUGGAUAGUCCCGAUUGAGUUUGUUACACUGUCAGUUUUAAAUGUUUCUUUAAGGAAAAUAAUUACCUGAAAAAUUGACCUAAAAAAUUUCUUCAGAUUCUGUAAAACUACGGUCUCGGAUAGUCAACGGGAUCUUUUUACGCUCGUGAGCUAGAACUCGCGCUACAUUUCUCCACAGGAAAUUGGUGUAGUGCGUGUGACCGGACUCCCCGAGACAAUUUUGUAUAGGUAAUAGCAUGAAUUGUACUGAUAUUUCCAAAUUGUUAUACGUAAUUUCACGAGCCUUUACACGAGUGAAAUUUGAGACAAUUUUGAAAAAUCACGAGUGGUAUUUAUGCCAAAUAACACGUACAAAUUAUGCUAUUAUUUGUUUAUACUACUACACGCAAAAGUUUUGUAAUUUUCACAUGUGGGUAUUUCAAAUUAAGCUGAAAUGCCAUUGCUCUAAGCUAAUCAAAUUGCAGAAAUGUCUCAUGUAGUAGUAUAAACCAUGGAGAAAUCUUGACGGAAACUUAGAAAUGGUGUUAUGCCAUCCACCAUGUUAUAACAAACUAUAAUGAGACAAGACGCGGUUCGAGAAGUUGCUACUCAACAAAACAACAAGGAAAUCGGAAGAUUGUAGUUCUCUCUUAACUAGGAAAAGCGAACGAGGAGCUGCUAGGGUUACAGAGAACGUUUAAUGACUGGCAGCCUCUUUUUUCUCUCCAGACAUGGUAUUAUGGUAUGAUGCUGGUAUAAUACCAUUAUGACACUGAGUUUUAUGAAUCUAUUUUUUUUUUACCGCGAAAACUUUCAUUUCUAUCAAAAACAAAAACAAAUUCCUGACUCCGGGAUGAAGUCCGAAGCGAGGUCACUACAAACACAAAAAAGGCGGGAAAAACUGGCGGAAUAACUAGGCAUGUCCCGCAUACGCAAGUUUUGCACUACACCUGCCUGGAUGAAUAAAAAGAAUAACUGGCUAAAUAAAUAAAAAUAUCUUGAAUUCGGUCUGCAGUAUAGCCGCUCAAAACGCCAGCUAUAGCGUUAUCAUUUUAUAGCGGAUCACUUACUUUCAUAAACAAAUACCGGAGAUCAAUUUCUACCGCAAGGUCACGUUUUGUUAGAAAACAUGGGCAUUCCGAUUACUUUAUUAAUAUAUCUUUUGCACAAUUUGACCUCCAUACGGUAUUAAAAACCCGGAUUAAAAAGCAUAAGUAGCUUUGGCCCAGCUUUUUCUCAACGAAAGGAUCCGUUACGGGUCAUGUUGCCUGUACUAUUAGAUAGAAUGAUCAAUAUGAGCAAUACCUUGAACGAUUUCAAAUUAAAAGUGUAGCAUAUGUUACGAAUCAAUACUUCUAGAAAUUCAAAUAAUAUUAUCAUUCUAUCAUACUCCAGCAUAUGGGCGACAUUUAUUGGGGGGGGAGGGGGGAGGGUGUUCUUGGGUAUGUUUUGAGUGAAUUCUUCCGGGACUCCAAAUUGGGCCCCGUUUUGAGAGAAUUUACACUCAGACUGACGCCCCGUUCUCGUAAUAGCACAGUUAUUAUAAUAUCUGACCAUGGCCAAAAUUAAAUAGCCCGUUACAAAAAUUCGUCAUUUUGUUAAGCAAGCAGUUGAACAUUUCGUGAAUUUGACAAAAAUCAAAAACGAACAAACAAAAUAUACGAAAACAAGUUCGCGCAGCAAUCGGAAGGAACACCCACACGCAAGUGUCUCCCUGUCGUCCUUGUAAAAGGCUCAGCUUUUCAAAAAACCUCGCAAGAAGGAUAGCCGAGUUGUCUUCUAUAUGUCGCCCAAUAAAGAAAACUGGGACUGUAAGUACAUGCCGCGAAAGAGAAUAGUAUUAGGAGUGAUGCAUAGGGAAAGAGCCCAUUUACGUUAUGCAGUCACUGCUCGGGUUGAUAACACAGAAUAGCAGCAUCAGUACGGCAAAAAAUAUUGCGUGCAAACACCAAGACACACCCUCUUGGUAAAAUGACGAGCCCUCCCUCCAGGAAGUUCCGCUGCACGAAAUCUUAUUGAUUCAAUUGAAUUAAUAAGCAUUUAUAAUAGAUUUACUGAUCUCUUCAUUCCUGCAGGUAAAAAUAUUUUUUCAUUCUCAACUUUGGACUUCAGCCUCCAGCUUAUUAUUUUUAGGACCCUGAAAUUUAGCGGAACGCGAUAAAUUGGUAGGACCGUGAAGAUAUCAGGCCUUUGCGUGAAACAAGCCGAUAUAGCAUGUGAAAAAAUUGUCAGCACUCUCUUAAUAGAGCUGAUAUGCAAACGGGAUUAGUGAUACUGAGAGGUCUGUAUUGACACUGAUACUUUUUGCUGUUGUUCUCUUCUAGGCGCACGUGAUUCAGGCAAAUUUAACCCUCGACUGGGUUCUCUUCAAAGUAGUGACAUCGAACGAAUCAAUCAACUUUCCAAGAAUUUGACUUCUCUGUGGCAAAAGCUGGUAAUUUGAUGAAUUUGUUUGUUUGUUUGUUUGAGAAAGCAAAGUGAAAGAGGACGAGAGGAAACCUUUCUAAAAGAAAGAGAAAUAAGAGAAAUUCCUCUCUAAUGGAUUUCUACACUAGUACAUUUUAUAUAAGAUUAUUCGUCGGUAUAAGCCUAGAGGCUCUUAUGAAAAAAUUGUGGCCAGGGAACCACACAACGCAAAAUCUUUUUUAUUGAGAUACUUCAAGCAGAUGUCAUAAAAUUUAAGUCUCUUGAUUAAGUUCAAGGCAUAUCCAGAAAUUUUGAGGGUUUUUGUAAAGUCAGGGUGGUCACAUUGUGCCCCCUCCAGCCAGGCUAAAUAGGUUUAAGUCAAGAGCGAUUAAGAUAUAGGCACGCUUAAGAUCAAUGAGGCUCAUACGGUCAAAGCUUAUCUCGUUUCGGUAGUUUGAGCCACCCCUGGAUCUUGGUCCGAUCCAUCGGACCUCAUGAUGGUUAAAACCGUUUUGCAAAUUGUAUAUACCUAAUUCGAUAAAGGUUGCUUUGGCAAUUGGUCAUUGGCGAUUGCGCAUAGGGCAUUCAGGCAUACAGAACAACGCAAUAAUGUGUUUGAGUGACCACAAAAAAAUAGAUUCCCUGCGCCCAAUUACCAAUGCCGAAAGAAGACUUUAAUGAAUCAGCUAUACAUCCAUAGCUUUGAUUUACUGUUUACAAUCUGUUCCUUCAUUUUACAGGAAAACGUCAGCAAAAUGGCAGGGCCACCAGGAAUGAAAGGCUCUACGGGGCCACAGGGCCCUCGAGGCUUUAAUGGUAGUACAGGUGUACCUGGAAAACCUGGUGCAAGCGGACCACCCGGGCCCCCGGGUCCAGAGGGAGCAGACGGCCCUCGAGGCUUUAAUGGUAGUGACGGAAAACAAGGUCCACCCGGAUCGCCGGGUCCUCAAGGAGCAGAGGGCCCCAUGGGACCACCAGGAAAAAAUGGUACCAGAGGGCUUAACGGUUCUCCAGGGCCCCCGGGUCCAAGGGGAGCUGGGAACUUUAGCUCGUGUGCUUUUGGACCUCCAGCAGCGCAGUUUGGGAGUGCGGGGCUCUCAGCUGACAUUGCCGUUACCAUCACUGAGAAAGCGGUAAGAAUCGUCCAUAUAUCAAUUAAUUGGACGACACGAAGUUCUGUUACCAAUUAA